GGGAGAACGACAGGGACACCAGUGCCAGCGGCACCCGGCCGUUGACGUUGCUGCUGGCCACCAUGAUGCACAUGAAGAAGCCCUACCAGCUGCUCAUCAUCCCGCUGACGAUGUGGUCGGGAUUCGAGCAAGCCUUCCUCAUGGCAGACUUCACCAAGGCGUUCGUGUCGUGCGCCUGGGGCAUUCACCGCGUCGGGCUGGUGCUGAUCGUCUACGGCAUCACCGACUCCAUCUGCUCCUUCAGCUUCGGCUUCAUCAUCAAGCGUGUGGGCCGCGUGCCGCUGUUCGUGGUGGCGGCUGCCCUCAACUACGUCGCCAUCGCCACGUUCAUCCACUGGGCACCGGGGCCCGACGAGACGCACGUCUUCUUCCUGCUGGCCGCCGGCUGGGGCAUGGCGGACGCCGUCUGGCAGACGCAGAUCAACGCCCUGUAUGGCGUCAUCUUCCCCGACACAGCCGAGGCCGCCUUCAGCAACUACCGGCUCUGGGAGUCGCUCGGCUACGCCGCCGCCUUUAUCUACAGCGACCUGCUGUGCGUGACGCGGAAGGUGGACCUGCUGAUCACGGUCCUGACGAUCGGCAUGCUCGGCUACUUCGCCAUCGAGUUGAUGGAGCGGCGUAAGGCCAAGGGCGAUAUGAAGGUCACGAAGGAGUAGCAGGCGCAGGGGAGCCGCUUCGGCAUGGCGAGAUCUACGCCAGCUAUGAGGCGCUCGGAAUCGCCCGUAUCGGCGAGAAGGAAUGGGGUGCAGUCUACAGCCCGCCGUCGAGAGGACCCGCAGUGCACCCGUGGACGUGUUGCGGCCAAAAGCGGGGUCAGCACUGCUUCCUCUGAGUGACAUGGCGUAAUGGACAAUGCGCGUGUAGGAGUGUGGGCCUUCGAGUUCGAGGUGCGUGGCCAAAGUCUGACACGAGUGUCAUCAGUCCUGAUUGCAUCGUGGUGUCGUGUCUAACGGCUAGCCCAUCGCAGACAUGUGUAACUGAAUCAAUAUGUUGGCAAUGUGCUGAGCCGAGUUCUGAAGUUGACAUUGUUGAAAGCCGAUGUGCUGGUGCCAAAACCUUUCUUGUGACGCAAAAUGACGGUUGCUGCAAUGAUGACACCCAGAUGCAUCAUUUUCGUGGCACGUACUUCAGUGCAUGGGGCACUUAAUGACGUACAGGGUAUCUUUUCAAAUUAACAGGCGUCCUUUAACGUUACUGAGAUGGAUACCCCAUCAAACGAUCUCUGCGAAUAUAUAUCACUGAGUUAUGAAUGGGUCUGGGGAGUGGGAGCGCAUUUGAGAAUGGAAUACUGUGUGUCUUUUACGCGGUGAAAAUUAAG